AUGGAGCCUCAAGAUCUAACCAAAGUGGUGCUGCUGGCUUGUGGGUCUUUCAACCCCAUAACCAAUAUGCACCUGCGUAUGUUUGAAUUGGCACGGGAUUUCCUGGAGGAUACAGGUAUGUCUAUUGAUAAUUUGUGGUCUGUCAACAGAUUAUGAAUUUGUAAAUCAUCACUUUGUUGUAUUUUGUGAGUUUAGGACCUACUUCCUCAGACAUUUGCAUUGCUUCCCAAUUAUGAGAAGUAGGCCUAGACCUAGUCAAAUGAGUGGUAGUAUUUUGUAUUUAACUGAAUUUGUAUUGUCAUCGUGUGCUCUACAAAAUUAGCUGGCCCAACUCCUCUUUCUUUAUGUCUCAGGACAGUACAUAAUUGUGAGGGGCAUCAUCUCUGCAGUGGGUGACGGCUAUAAGAAGAAGGGUCUGAUUGAGGCCUGUCACCGUGUAGAUAUGGCCAGGCUGGCCACAGACACCUAUGACUGA